CAGAAAGACCAUUUUGAAUAUCGGAUAGACCACAACCCACAAAGAUAGAAACAACACGACGCAACCAAACAUGCCCUAAAGUGAGCCCUCUAGCCUCUAUAUAAAACGCUAUUUGCGCAUAGACGGAAUGGAAUAUUUGUUGAAGAGCGUAGUAACAAAGCGAAACAAAAAAUAUGAGUGGUGGAAUAUCACAAGACUGGGAACCGGUGGUGAUUCGGAAGAAGCCGCCUACUGCCGCCGCACGUAAGGAUGAAAAAGCCGUUAACGCUGCUCGUCGUGCCGGUGCUGAAAUCGAAACCAUCAGAAAAUCUGCUGCUGGCACAAACAAGGCUGCAUCCAGCAGUGCAACCUUGAACACCAGGAAACUUGAUGAAGAUACUGAGAAUUUGGCUCAUCAAAAGGUACCAACUGAACUGAAGAAAGCCAUCAUGCAAGCUCGACAAGACAAGAAGCUGACUCAGGCUCAACUUGCUCAGCUGAUAAAUGAGAAGCCUCAAAUCAUUCAGGAGUACGAGUCUGGAAAGGCAAUUCCAAAUCAACAGAUCAUAUCUAAACUGGAGAGAGCUCUUGGUGCGAAACUUAGAGGAAAAAAAUGAAGAGCCUUUUGGCUUCUCGAAUCUAUGUUCCAGUCCUAACUGUGGUCAUGUACAUGGAUAUCUUUUUCUGUUAGCCCUCGUUCUAUAACCACUGUGGUACUUAUGCCUGUGUAUGGAUUGAUGGUUGUGGAUUUCUUGGCUAUGGGUGUUACUUCUGUGGAAAAAUAAGGCGUUUAUGCUUAAGCAAGGGAUGUUGUCUUGUGCUACCUGUUUGCUUUAGAGAAGGUUCCCAGUUCUAUGUGGUAUGAUGUUCCUGUCAUUCUUCAGAUCAGUCUUCGUUACUUUGAGAUAUAAUGGGAGACAUAAUUGGCAUAUGGGAAUAUGCAAAGGUAUAUCCCUUUGCACUGUGGAAUAUAAUUUGAUGCUGCAAUUUUAUACUAAUGGAAAUGCUACCUCUUCUGUAAAGAAAUAAUUUGCAUAUGGCAAUGUUCCUGUUUUGAUGUC